AUGAAAGAAAUUGCUUGGAUUGAUUCACAUAAAUCAUCAAUUGUUUCUUCUUGUUGGGAAAAUGACAAUAUAUUCAUUUCUUUUGAAGAUGGCGCUUUGUUACAUUAUAUUAUGACUGCAAAAAAUUCAGAAAUAUUUGCAUUUAUGAAAACACCUGUUCAUAACUUAUGUUUUUAUAAGAAUAAAUUGUAUGGGGUGAUACCUUCUCCUACUAAAUCCUCUAUUAUUCAGAUUAACUCGAUUUCUAAACAACCCCCUAUUUUCACAACAAAAGAGAUGAUUACAUCUAUGGUUAUUUCAAAUGACUGUAUAGUUAUUUCUCUUAGAAAAUCUCUUAUAACACUUAAUCUUCAAGGUAAAGUGUUAAACAAAUAUUCUUUUGAUAAGAAUCCAUUAACAUUGGUUGCUCAGUGUUGCAAUUUUGAAAGAAAGUAUGUACAUCCUUAUUCUCAUAUUAAAGAAACUAAUAUUGUCUCAGCCUUUUCUACUUCUGGAGAUGUUUAUUUUAUUGAAGUGAUAAACCAUAGUCAAUUGCGUUUUAUGAAAAAAUGUACAUUGUCUAAUCAAUUUAUUCAAUCUAUUGCAAUUGACCCAUAUUCUUCUUCCUGGGACCGUCUUAACUUUUGUGUUGCUUUUGGAAAUAAAUGUUUGUCUUGUUCAACUUCUACUUUUGAUACAGAAGAAGUCAUUACAACUGAAAAUCCACCAAUUAUUUCUCUUCUUUUUACCACGAAGAGCAGACUUUAUAUCUCUUCUCAUUCUGGAGAAGUUAUUGUAGGAGAGUGGGUUGAAAAUUAA